GAUUUUAUCUGUUUAAGCCUUUUCUUUAUCUCUUUCGGUUUCCUGUCUCCGUCUCGAAACUGCUUCAUGAUGUAACGCGUCUCUAGUUCAUAAGAAAUGUGUCUUAUCUCGUCCUAGGAAAACAACUUACUGGCACUGUGUGUAAAAUAGCUUUAUACUCUGUGUGUGUGUAUGUGUGUUGGCUCUAAAGGGCCCUUUUCAGCAUAAACAUUGACCCUUUUUUUGACCCUGGUCCCAAUGAGGAAAAACUUCUGAGACCUUGCUUAUGGUUAGUGGUAAGGUGUGACUCAAGUGUAAUACAAAGUUCUAAUAAUGUAAUGUAGUGUGUGUGUGUGUGUGUGUGUGUGUGUGUGUGUGUGUGUGUGUGUGUGUGUGUGUGUGUGUGUGUGUGUGUGUGUGAGAGGGAGCGAGAGAGCGAGAGAGAGAGAGAGAGACUAGGGGGAACUUAGCUGUCGGUUUCGAUCCACUCCACAGUUGCUUCAUCCAGUGACAUCGCACCAUCAGAAGAAGCAGACAUGGACGUGGAUCUUGGUGGAUUUCUGAGCCAGAACGGGACCUACAAUUAUGAGGACUAUGAGUAUAAACCGGACGACGAAUCGGAGGGUGGCCAGGCCGUGUUGAUCCCGCUGCUGUACUCCGCCGUGAUGGUCGUUGGUCAACUGGGGAACGUGCUGCUCCUGGUUAUUCUUAUACAGAAGAGAAGAUCUUGGAGCAUUUCAGACAUCUUCAUCCUCCACCUGGGAGUCGCGGACGCCCUGCUGCUGGCCACGCUGCCCCUCAGGGCCGUGCAGGCCGCUGAACACGGAUGGCGCUUUGGGACUGAGCUGUGCAAGAUCAGUGGAGCUAUUUUUAAUAUCAACUUCUACUGCGGGAUCUUCCUGCUGGCGUGCAUCAGUGUAGACCGCUGCCUGUCCAUCGUCCACAACACGCAGCUGUUCACCCACAACAAACCUGCGACGGCUCAUCUCAUCUGCCUCCUCGCCUGGUUCAUCGCCCUGAUCCUCACCAUCCCCGACUGGAUUUUUCUAACUGUGAAUGAUGAUAAAGGAGCUGUUUGUGUAAACGACUACUCUCAGUCAGUAACUUACGGGCGACUGCUGUCCCGCCUGCGCCACCACACACUGGGCCUCCUGCUGCCUGCAGCCGUCCUGAUCUUCUGCUGCGUCCGUGUCCUGCUCCGGCUGCAGCAGAGAUCGAAAAGCUCCCACAAGCAGACUGCCUUCAUGCUCCUCCUGCCCCUGGUGGUGGUCUUCUUUCUCUGCUGGGCGCCGUACAACAUCACGCUAAUUGUGGACACCUUCAGGGACGGUCCUAAGGAACCUCAGGAUGGUUCUUUUGGAGAAGGUUCUCUGAAAACAGCUAUGAUGGUCACAGCCGCUCUGGGCUGCGUCCACGCCUGCCUCAGGCCUCUGCUCUAUUUCGGCUUGUGUGAUAACUUCAGGAAACGGACCGUGGCCUUGCUGACAUGUGCUACCGAUGAAUCUCAAGGGUCACUGUGCGAGCUGGGUUUGGGCGAAGAAGCUCGGCCCGUCCAGAGUCAGGAGGAGGCGGAGGAGGAGAUGAAACCGGUGACGAGUGUCGAUCAACAGGUGCAGUCGCCUCAGUGCUGAAAAACAAAAGCACCGUCACCGAGAAAUUUAACAUGAAGUCAUGUUCUAGGUCUGAGUUGUUCGGGGACUUCGUGUGUGUAAUGUUGAGAAAUAGAUAUUUAUACAUGUUGCACUUUAACUGUGAAAGUUUCAGAGCCACAUCAUGGUGUUGAACUUUUAUUUUGUAUUCAUCGUUAAACAACUGCAGCUUUUCACCCUGAAUCAUUAAUUUGAUUUUAAUGUAGGUAUAUAUUUUUUAAUCGUGUAUCAUUAUUAUUUUAUUUCAGAUUUUUUAUAUAUAGAGUCAGUGAACAUUUCUCAGACGUUAAACAAUUAUCAUAAAGCUGAUGCCAUUAUCACUGAAGCUCUUGGGAACAUAAGCUCUUAUUUUUGCCAGUGUUACUGUAUGAAACAGUCAUUCUACAUGUUGUCUGCGUAAAGCACUAAAGACUGUGUGGAUUCCACGAUUGCGCAACCAGUGUGUGGAUGCAUGGUUAUAGUCAUGAUGCAGCGGGGGAAUUUCCCUCAGUGGAUCCCAUGCACGGCCGUUGUUUUUUACUUUGAGUUGCAACAUGGAUGUGUGUGAUCUGUGGGACACAGGAUUACAUGAACUGGUGCUGAUGUCAUUAGUCAGGUGACAGAGUGAGACAAAGGAGGGUGGAGAGAGGACUGUGGUGUGCUCUGUCUGUGAGAGCAGUUGAAUGUGGUGGGUUAACAAAGGGAAGAAGAGGAGUUAGUCUAGAUAAACUCUUAUCUUGAAGAUCCCAACACAGCACACAUUUUAUCACCAUGCUGCUUUGCAGGUUAAAGCCUGCAAGCCGGCUUGAUUUCUGGUCUCAAGGCAAAAUAAUACUAUAUCAACACAUGUAAAUGUUACAUGCAAUAAAAAGUACUUUCAAUUGUG